AUGUCUAACAAUCCUAAUAUCCCACCAUUUGCAUCCGAUGUGCCGGUGGCCGACAUAGCGACGGUGGAUUUCGAUCUCCUGACGCAGGGCGACCCGGAACAGGCCCGGAUCCUGCUUCACUCGUGCCAGAACUACGGUUUCUUUUAUCUGUCCAACCACCACGUUGACUCUGGAUUCAUGUUCGAUCUCGCCGAUGGUGUCUUCUCGCUGCCGCUGGACGAGAAGCUCAAGUACGACAUGGGCACAACGGGCCACUACUACGGGUAUAAGCGGAGCGGGGCCAUGUUUGUCGACGACAAGGGCACCAAGGACCACAGCGAGUUCUACAACGUGUCCAAGGACGAGGUAUUGGGCGUCCCGCAGCCGCGACCGACGGUGUCGGGCCACCAUCCCCAAGUGGUGCUGGACCGGUUCGAGGAGCUCAAGACGUUUAUGAAGUCGUGCCAUAAUGUCAUCUACGCCAUCACGAGAUCCCUAGGGAAAUCGCUGGGCCUGCCGGAUGGCCUGCUCGAGUCGCUGCACGAGCUGGACAAACCCUCGGUCGACCAGGCGCGGGUCACUUGUGCGCCGCCCGUCCGACCGGCCGAGACGAUCACGCUGGGCGAGCACACGGACUUCGGCAGCGUGACGGUGCUGUUCAACCAGCUGGGCGGGCUGCAGGUUCUGGCACCCAACAAACGAGACUGGGAAUACGUGCGGCCGCGGCCCGAGUGUGCCGUAAUCAACCUGGGUGACAGCCUGAUCAAGCUGCUCGGCGGCAGACUGUACAGCGCGGUGCACCGGGUGGUCGUGCCUCCAGGCCCCCAGGGGGAAUGCAUGCGCCACAGCGUGGUGUACUUCUCGCGGCCGAACUCGAGCGUCAAGCUGCGCGAUCUGUUUCAGUAUCCCACGGAAGAGGACGUGGCGAGACUGGAGCAGUCGUCCGGUGAAAGGCUUCUGAAUGCGGAUGAGUGGGUCAAGCAGCGCGCCCACAACUGGAACACGGCGCAGUACAAGGGCAAGGAGUCGUACAAGCUGAGCCGAGGAACAGAGCACAAUCGCGAGUGGGAUUCCGAUCCCGCUGUCAAGUUGGAGCAGCAGCGUCCGAAGGCGGUCGAAGCUGUGUGA